GGGGGAAAGAGCAAGAGAGAGAGAGAGGGAGGGGGAGUAUAAAAAGGAGGAGAGAGAAGAGGGGAUGACGGAUUCGCCAACGACACCAAACCGCGGAGGAAGAGCGUCGUCGUCAUCGUCUUCUCUGAUGGACAAUCUUCUGGGGCUCCUCAGAAUCCGUGUUAAACGCGGCAUCAAUCUCGCCGUUCGAGACGUCCGUAGCAGCGAUCCUUAUGUCGUCGUCAAGAUGGGCAAACAGAAACUGAAGACACGUGUGAUAAAAAAGGAUGUCAACCCUGAGUGGAAUGAAGAUCUAACUCUUUCUGUCACAGACCCUAAACUUCCAGUCAAGCUGACCGUGUACGAUCACGACACGUUUAGCAUGGAUGACAAAAUGGGAGAUGCAGAAUUCGACAUAAAAGCGUAUAUAGAGGCUCUGAAGAUGAACUUGGAAGGCCUUCCAAGCGGCACUAUAAUAACAAGAAUACAACCAAGCAGGCAAAACUGUUUGGUUGAAGAAAGCAGCAUCAUGUGGAAUGAAGGCAAGGUCAUCCAAGAUCUCUGCCUCAGAUUGAGAAACGUUGAAUGCGGUGAAGUAGAAGUCCAAUUGCAAUGGAUCGACCUUCCCGGUAGCAAGGGUUUAUAGAGUCUAUGAGUGCUCUAUCUGUGUUCUGUCCUGCGUUACUUAUGGGUUAGUUUGAAGCUUAUACUUUUACCGUUAAAGUGAAAAAUCACAGAGUUGGAUAUAUAUAUAUAUAUAAUGAGCUGACCUUGUAUGUGUUUGUAUUUUGCCUGUCUUAUAGUCCAUAUUAUAGGUGAAGAAUUUUUGCUGCUUUCUAAUAAACAUAAUACCGGAAAUAGGCGUUCUUCUUAUAUUGUUGGAAAUCUCUAAGCUAGCAAGUGCAUGCUUUAAAAUUAAACUUGCCCCUUGUUCAAUAUAGCCGUUGGGCUUUGGCUCUUUUAUUACGCGUACUUCUCUUUCAGUGUUUUCUGGGUGUUUGUCAACUUGCCAGUUGCACAUCCUAGUAUACUUGUGUGUUUGCCUGCAAAAUGCUUGUACCUAAUUUCAA